CGUCGGCCGCCAUGUUUGCCAGUCACGCGGCAAGUGACCGUCGAGCGCAGCGUCCAACAUCAAGCAUUCAUAAUGUCGUGUCAUGCAAUGCAAAACCAAGAAAAAUGGUACGAAGUUCUCGACCUAUACAGAGAAAAUACCUGCUUAUGGGACAUCCAAAGUAGCUCAUACAUGCGGAGAGAUCUAAGAAACGCAUCUUAUAACGUGUUACUAGAAAAAUAUAGAGAUAUCGAGCCGAACGCUACGCUGGACAUGGUAAAGAGAAAGAUUGAUAUAUUCCGGACCGGUUAUAGAAGAGAGGUAAAAAAAAUAAACGAAUCUAGACUUAAUUCAACGUCGGGUUAUGAAUAUAAACCGACACUAUGGUAUUUUGACAAGAUGACUUUUCUGGAUUUCCAAGGAGAUACUUCUGAUAUUAAAGAUUCAUAUGAAUCAGAUGACCAGCAAGCUAUUGAAUAUAUCGAUAUUCCCGAAGAAUACCCAGAAGAAGAAGAGCCAGACCCAGUGGUAAAGUACAGACUCAAGAUGAGAAACACCAAGCCUCGUCCGCGGCCACGACAGAGACCGUACGCAAGAGAGAGACAAAACAGUCCCCCCUGUGACAGCAAGCAGCCAUCCUUCUCUGGUGAAUCGGAAAACGACUGUGCUAGUUAUUGCGCUAGUCUUAAACUACAGAUGAGAGGAUUGGACACGCAGCAGAAGUACAUUGCGCAGAAACUAAUUUCUGACGUCAUUUUUUUGGCCAGGACAUCACAACUCACUCUAGAUUCGUCUAUUCUCAUAAAUAGCUCUGAUAGUUAGUGCUCGACCGAAGCUUAGGUUUCGGUUUCGGCGUAAAAAUCAUGUUUCGGUCGAAGAUUCGGUUUCGGCCAAAAAAUGCCGAACCGUCGGCUGCGCCGUAACUUACAACAUUGAACGAACGUUCGGAUCGCGAUCGGUCUUUAAUCUUUCUUGACUAGCACUUGGCCGGUUUUUUUAUGCCACUUACACGAUGUUACAUUGCACGAAUGUGUUAAAUGCUCUUGUUGCAUCGAUUUCAACACUUCUAUAAAAGUCUCGGUUUUGGUUUCGGCCGAAACCAAGUCAAAACCGAACCUCAGUUAGGUAAAAAAUCCGGUCUCGGUCGGGCACUACUGUUGUUGAAGAUCACCGACGCAGUUGGUACCUACCUAGAGAGUUCAAGAGAAGAUCACUUGAUGUACCGGAUUGAUCUGAUUUUGAUACUCGUGCUGUAGAAGAGAAAAGUUAAGGUACGCAGCAGAUUUUUUGUUAAUACAUUUGCGUAAUAAAUUUUAGUACACA